CUGAUCCAGUCCAUCGUGCACUUCACAGUUUUACAUUAUCGCUUAUGGGUAAUGAGGUCUCGUCUCGCUGAAAUCUUGCCAGUUACCUGCCGACUGCUCUUUCAGGAGUCCUACCCGUCGACGCCGCCGAUAUGGUGCGUGGAGUCCGAUGACCCGAGCCUGACGCAAGUGCUGGAGCGGCUGGAGGACGUCAGGAGGAGCAGCACACUGGAAAACCUGGCCAUCCUGGAGAAGAUCCGCAAGAACCAGCGGCAGGACCACUUGAAUGGCGCCGUGUCUGGAUCUGUUCAAGCGUCGGAUCGCCUCAUGAAGGAGCUCAGGGAGAUCUACCGAUCUCAGAGUUAUAAAAACGGCAUCUACUCUGUGGAGCUGGUCAACGACAGCCUGUACGAGUGGCACGUGAAGCUCAGGACUGUGGAUCCUGACAGUCCUUUACACAGCGACCUGCAAGUGCUGAAGGAAAAGGAAGGCAUAGACUACAUCCUCCUCAACUUCUCCUACAAAGAUAAUUUCCCCUUUGAUCCUCCGUUUGUUCGUGUGGUUUCUCCUGUCCUGUCUGGAGGGUAUGUUCUUGGCGGAGGAGCUCUGUGUAUGGAGCUGCUCACUAAACAGGGCUGGAGCAGUGCCUACUCCAUAGAGUCUGUCAUCAUGCAGAUAAAUGCCACUUUAGUCAAAGGAAAAGCAAGAGUGCAGUUCGGAGCCAAUAAGAAUCAGUACAGUCUUGCCAGAGCGCAGCAGUCAUAUAAAUCGCUGGUGCAGAUCCAUGAAAAGAAUGGCUGGUACACACCACCCAAAGAGGACGGCUAGAGCACAGCAUCCACACAUGGACCGAGCAUCUUCAGACGGACAUCUUUCUCCUCUCACCCCUCGUUUUAAUCAGAGCCACUCUUUCUGACACUUCUCUUUCCCCGCGGGGUAAAAAGGCUUGAUUUGACUCAAGUUUGACCACCUGACGUUCCUUCAUCAUCUCAAACAAUGCCACGAUUCCAGCAGAGCGAUGCAAUCUGACGCCAAUAUCUCUGAAAGAGCCCACACACAGCACGAUUUCUGCAGCGCUCCUCCAUUGUUUAUGUUUGUUUUGGUUGCAUAUUGAAAAAAAAAAACAAAGUUGUUACCAUGGCAACCCAGACUUCAUUGUGUUGCAAAUGAACUCCACAAUCAAGUAUACAGAUGCAUUUGGAUGAAUGAACCUUUGAAAGAACAGCAGGAGCUUCCCUCCGUCUGAUUACGUGACGUAACGCGAGUCUGUUUGCAUCAUGAGAAAGGGUUUGAGUGUGUUCAUGCCAUUGCAAAGCAUUUCUAUCAGUCCUGUAAACGACUUCUCCCUACCAACAUGGCCAACAGAACUGUCUGGGUUUGUAGAAGUGUAUUUACCGUGUUAUUUGAAGCCCCUGCAGUCUCUUGGGAAGCUGGGAGUGACUGAUAAUGCCUUAAAAAGGAAGAAAAAGGAAGUUAGUGUUUCUCGCGGUCGUCUCCAGUAUUUCCGUUCGAAACACAUCAUUAGAGGUCGAUCUGAUGGCUGUGACCACAAGAAAACAGUCCUGCUUUAGUGUUAAUAUCAUUCAGAAGCAUGUCCGUGUUCCUCUGUCAGAUGCACUGACUCAGUUUUCCUCUAGAUUCCUGUCGAAAGCACUGGGACGGUUCGGCUGUUUUCUGACAUUCACACUGGCCAAUGUGAGCCGCUUCACUGUUUCGUUUAGGUAAAGUACAGAACUAAAUAACGCCACUCUGACAUCAAGCCAUAGAUGGAGUCCAUAGCUGUUCCUCUGCUUCUGAGUGUUUGGAACGGGGAAGUGUGUGAUGCGUCGUUCGUUCGUUCAGACGGAGGAGUGUGUUCGAUGGCUUCAAUGCGUCAUGCACUGUUAGCAUGCUUCAGUUUAAUUGCAUUUUAUUUUUUUCCAUUGUAAGUGUAAUCUCGACCAUGUACAGUACAAUUUGUAAACUUGCAUCAAGUUUAUGAAUAAAGGAUUUUAAGAAAUACA